UAGCUGGUAUGAAAUGGAAAGCCGGUCAAACCUUUUUCGUACAUAUGCACGCAAUCCAAUUGAGCCCUAAACAUUGGCCUGAGCCUGAAAAAUUUGAUCCCGAUAGAUUUAUGAAAAAUUCUAUCGAAAAGAAUUCUUUUAUUCCAUUUGGUGGUGGUAUUCGAAUGUGUCCUGGACGACAUUUAGCUGAGUUAAAAAUUAAAACCUUAAUGGCUUCAGUAUUUAGAAAAUUUGAUGUUAGCUUAGUAGACCCAGAUGCACCUCUUCAUAAAUCCGUUAAUGAACUUAAAGAAUUUUGUCGAAAAUCAAUAGAUUGGGCAUUGAAUACACAACAUGAAAAUUUAAGUUGGUUAAGCCAUCUAGCAUAUCUCAAG